AUGAGUAAGACGGUAGCAGCUAACCCCGAGGAGCGUACUAACUGGGCGGCGAGUGUGACACGAUGGCUGGAUACUCAUCGGCCAAUCUAUCUCAGGCCAUCUUCCCCAGUAGAGUUAAACCAUGCUACAGGAGUCAUGGACACCACCGCUGUCAUUAAAAGCAACGAAAACGCUGUCGAAAAGACGAGCAACAGUAAGAAUUCCAGCCUCAGAGAACAGGACAACAAUAGAAACAGCAAUAGCGGACGCACCAUACAUUUUGCUUCCCGUUCUGGCGCCAAAGAGGGCUCCGAUUGCGACAAUCACGAACUCUGUACGGAGACGAGCCCCGGAAACACUUUAAUUUCAGGGUCGUUUGGUGCUAAGCAAUACGCUUGCCCUGGGGUUAGGAGCAAAGAUGGUAUCGCCACUCCUGAGCCCCCAAUCAUUUGGGACUGGACCCUCAAUCCAACACAAUGGCCGGCGGAACAAAUUUUGGUUCUUCUGAACAGGGCGGCAAGCAACGAAGAUACCUCCAAUUCGGCAGUUUGGCGCAACGGAAAGGCAGCUACGGCCAGCUCGAGGAGAUCUCAUUCACGUGGCCGGCCCGGAGGAAGGGAUAGUAGGUUAAUGUUUUGUUGUAUAUACAAAGAAUCUUUGAAACUCUUCAUCAUGUACUUCCAUACGACCGGAAAGUCUUCAUAUUAG